AUGGGUAUUCGCGGACUGGACUGUGAGUACGACCGCUCGGCUCGGCCGGCAAGGGUUCGUCAACGCGGUGGUGGUCGUGGUCGUGGUCGUGGUGGUGUGCUGACCGUUCAUUGCCUCCCCGGCUGCCUGUUCUCCCUCAAACAGCUUGGCUCGCCGAGGCAAGUCGAUGCGUUCGAACUGUAUUUCAAAAUCUUCCUACGGCUGUGGCUGACCUCACCCCCUGCUCCCGCCACAGCGCGGGCUGAUCAAGGAGAUGCCGUUGAGCGAGCUACGCGACACCCGCCUCGGGAUCGACGUGAACCACUACCUCAAGCGGAUGCUCACACCCAAGGACCCGUCCACUGCGGAUGCCUUUGUCGCCGCAUUAGGAGGAUCACCUUUGGCGAUGGCAGCAGAGGUGAGUCGUGGGCCUCUCUGCACAGCCUCGGCGCAACUCACUUCCCUGCUCCCCCCGUAUGCCUCAACCCCGCUUCCACCGCCGCCGCCCCACCCCACUGCGCGCCACGGGACACGAUCGUCGGACAUUCACUGACCCGUCGCUUGUCCUCGCCACGCAGAUCAUUCAUGACCUCAAAGUGUUGGAAUCGUUCAAGUGUAUUCCUGUCUUUGUCUUCAACGGACUGCCUUUGCAGGAACGCGAACGCCCCUUCCUCUACGACGAACCCAAAGGAUGGCGUCGACAAGCCGCUUGGGACCACUAUGAACAAGGCAGGGUCACCCAGGCCCAGGCCGAGUUCGCCGCCUCCAACUCGGUCGCAACGCCCGACAUCAUCCGCUUCGUGCACCGUCUUUUCAAGCCGCGUCACGUCGAGACCGUCAUUGCGCCGUACCUCGCCUGGCCCCAGCUCGUCUACCUUGAGCGCCACGAGCGCCAGUACGUCCACGCCCUCUACGGCUCGACCGAGCUCUUCAUGUUCGACGGCAUCGACCGCAUCAUCCUCGACAUCAACUUCAAGACCGGCCAGGUCUCGUUCUCGUCCAAGCUGCAGAUCCUCGCCGAGAUGGGUCUCAACUCGGAGCAAUUCCUCGACCUCGCCAUCCUCGCCGGCUUCGACCUGUCGCCGACCUUCCCCGCCAUCGACCCUCGCGACUUUCAACUGCGCUCCGUGAUCGACCUGAUCAAGCAACGCGGCGCGGGCACGACCUGUGUCAUGGCCUUCAAGGACUUCCCCCCCGUCUUUCAGUCCAACUAUAUCGACCAGUUCGCCCGCGCACGUGCGAUGAUCAAAUUCUCGCUCGUCCUCGUCGCCAACGAAGGGCGUGUGCUUCCCCUCCCUCUCACUCUCCCUCCCGCACAACCUUCCUCAGGACCGGUCAUCACCCCUUCCGACAUCCCCCACGACCUCGGCGACAUCUUCUCCGCCCACUUCCCUGACGAAGUGUACUACCAGAUGUUCCGAGGCUUGAUCCUCCCCCAGGUCCUCCACUCGUUGGCUUCGGGCCACGUCAUCGAGUCCUCCCCACUUUGUGGAGGCACCCCCGAGUACGAUCGCUUCGUCAAGAGCUUGAUCGAAUCGCCGCACUCGCCGAGGUGCGUCGCGCUCGCGCUCGUUUCGAGCGUCUUGCACCCGCUUUGGGCCAAGAAAUCUGUCGUGAGUGGAACCUCGUCGUUUAUAGGUUCGAGGGGAACCGAGCAGCUGAUGAAUGAGGGACGGGUUGAGCACUCAGACCGCCAUCUACUACUUUGACCCGACGCGAGAGUACCCGAUUCCGCAUUCCUCUCCACAUGCGACGGCGUUCCUCGAGGGCGUGUCGAAAUGGAACGUCGAUGCUCGACACGUCGAGGAUGAGCUCAGGCGGCAGUCGGUAAGUGAUCCUUGUAUUCGUUAAGGCCAAAGAAAUGUGGACUUAUUUCUAUCCCCGGCCUACAGUCAUCCACGAUCGAUCUCUCCCUCUGUCUGGGCGGCACCGCGACCCAGAGCCUCUCUCAACGAACGAUCGUUCCCAAAAAUGCCGACUGCCUCCUGGAGAAGAAGGACGAGAUUGUCGCCAACACCCUCUGGCGUUUCCUCGAACUACGCGCCUUCCUCACGGCAUCGCACCAACACACCCCUCACGCCCAAGCCAUCUUUGCCGCAAUGCGUCAAUCGCGCGUCAACGACAAGUUCCAGGAUGCGCUCUUCUUGGCGAUGGAGUUGUUACGCGCUGGGGCUUUGCACAAUGGCAAGAUCGGAACGAGGCCCUACAGCGGGGGACCGAAUUUCCAGGGUUCGGAAGAGGACAAGAGGAGCAUGUUGUUGGUCAUGAGGGUCUUGUCGAUCGUGCCCUUGUCCAACAAUGUACGCUGACGCAUACAAGCUCUCUGUUUCCAGAAGAGACUAUACUGACUCGAUUAGAUCUCUUACAGGCCCUCCCCUGGACCGGCCCUCUCUCGCGCGAACUGCUCGUCUUCAACUCCUUCAUCCGCGCCACCUCCCGCUCCAUGCGCCUCCUGCUCGAAUCCAUUCUCCUGAACUUGAUGCUACGUUCCGACGCCCGUCGAGCGCGCCACGACUACCUCGACAUCGCCGUCUCACUGCCCUUCCAAACGGACACCAACACCGGUAUGGGCAUCCUCUUCAAAGCCUACGGCGACGCGGUCUGUCAUUUAGCCGGGGGAGUCCAAGUCGUUACUCGGAGUGGACAUGGGACGCAGGGAGAAGAUUCGGAGGAAGGGAAGGAGGUCAAGGAGGCGAAGGAACAGACGUUGAGUUUGUUGGAUGAUGCGUUCCCGAAUGUCAAGAAUGUGACGAGCGAGUUGCAAAGGGGGUUCAGGUUCUGGCAGAUGGUACGUCGUCACUUGGCUCACGUCGUUCAGGAAGGGAUAGAAACUGAUGCUUUGGUCAUUCGAUCGGCAAAAUAGAUGAUGAUCGCGAUCCGGUCUUUGAAGCAAUUCCCCGCCGGGGUCGUCAUCAGCCCGGACUUGGUGAACCAAUUCGAACAAGCCGACGCGUGGUUGGCGCCUUUUCACCUCUGA